GAAUGAGAAGGCAGUGACCAAUGAUACGCAGCUUCCCCACGCCAGGCAGUGGGGGUGGGCUCAAUCGCUGUCGCUCAGGCUUAGAGGCCGAGGAUCGAUUUGUCCGUGUGUGUGUAGGGGGGUGAGAAGCGAAAGAGAAAAUGGCGGCCGUAGCUGGUGCGCCCGGGCCGGGGGAAGGAGGAGAAAGCGAACAAGAUAGUGAGACGAUUCCCGGAGAGCGGAGGCUGGGAAGAUUGUCAUGCGAACCCAUGGAGGCAGAGUUGGACUCGGAGAGGCGAUCGCUUGUCCGCUGUGAGCCUUGCUGUGGGAUGGAGAUCGACACCCAGGAGAAUGCAGGGCCUGAUAUUGAGCAGCUGGGCGACUCGGGGGCAGAACAACCCAGAUUAUGUGAGUGCCGCGGCGAUGGGCUAGGGCCUGCUGGGCGGGAUGACAGAGAUGUGGGAGAGGAGACUAUGCAAGUAGUGGAUGAGCAUGUCAUGGCCUCAAAGCCAGUGGAAAUGGAGUCUCAGUCCUGUCCUGAGAACUUCCUCCAAACCCAGUCUUCAGAGCAGAGCAUCUCCGCAUUCUCACAAGGGGCAGCAGUGGAGCAGGAGUGUAUAUCUGAGGAGCACUCUGAAGCCAGUCAUACUGCCCUGCAUCCACCAGAACCAGAGUUGCAAAUGUAUGUUCCACAGCUAGAAGAAUCUGAAUUCCAACAGCUUCAGAUGCACAGUGAUGUGCUACAGCCACCAUAUACUGAUAUCUUGCAGAUGCCAGGUGAUGUUUCUCAGCUGCCAGAACCUGAUGCCCAACAGCUGCAGGUGCACAGUGAGGUUCCUCAGGCGCUAGAACCUGAGCUCCAACAACUGCAUAUGCAUGGUAAUGUUUCACAGCCACCAGAACCUGAAUUCCAGCAACAGGAAUCAUAUGUUCCACAGCCACCAGAACCUGAGGUCCAGCAUCAGGAAAUGUAUGGGGGAGUUCCAAGGCCACUAGAACUUGAGGUCCAACAGCAGGAGAUGUAUGGGGAUGUUUCACAGCCAGCAGCACUUGAGGUCCAACCACUGAAACAAGAGUUAGAUCAAGUACAGAAAAUAGUGGUCCAACAAGAUAUGCAGCAGGAACUGCCCAUCUCUUUGCAAGUAAUGCAGGUACAAGAUACUGAACACAUCUGUGUAAAUUAUAAGCCCUUAAAUGGCCCAGUACCAGAGGAAACUGUUUCUGGGGGAUUUAUUGCUCAGGAGCCUUUGUCUAUAGGGGAAGUUUUACUUAAAGAGGCCCUGCUUGUGGAGAAAGGUGUUUCUGGGGAAGCACUGUCUGUAGGGGAUACAAAAGUCCUCUCUGUGGGGGACAUAAGGUCAGAGUCUAUAGGACAAGCAGGGCCAGAAGAAACAAUAUCUAUAAUAAAAACAAACCAUGGGGAAGCUCUGUCAUUAAGAGAAGAGGGCCCUGGUGACACAAUCCCUCUUUUUAACAAAGGCUUUAAUGAUCCCCCGUCCAUGCAGAAAUCCAGUUUUGGGGAAAUCCUGCCCAUACAGACUGACUAUGCAGAAGAGCUUCUGCCCAUAAGGGAAAACAGGCCUGCGGAAGGCAGUUUGAGUGGGGCCCUUCUUGAUCAGCGGGGAAAUAUAGCUACAGAAAAGGAUACUGAGGAAUCUCCAGAUGUAGGCUAUACCACAUGUGGAGUGAAAUCGGCUGCUGGAAAAAUCCUAUCCCAGGAGGAGCUUGUUCCUGAAAUAGCAAAGGAACAGGCUGCCACUGAGUCUCUCCCUGUAAUAGAGACCAUAUCAGGGGAAGUGUUAGCUGUCCAGGAGCCAUUCACUAUGGUAAGCCUAACCCAACAGAAAGGUUUAGAUGUCACUCCUAUAAAGCAGUCUGGUCUGCUGAAAAUCUGUGCACUGGAAACCCAGCCCCAGGGCUCACAGAAAAACUUUCCAUCUGACAGUGAGCAUUUAUUAGAAGAGGCUCAAGAGGAACCACUUUCAAAAGGUCUGCAUUUAGAGAAAGUGGAACCAACAUUUCAGGAAGCCCAAAAUACACAUGUACCAGAGUCAUGCAGUUUACCCCAGAAUUGCAUACCAGAUGAUCAGCACAUCAAAGAAUUAGUGCCUGAGUGCCAGCGCACACAAAAACCUGCUAAUGUACAAGGCCCAGUGUCUGGUGACAUUCUUCAGCCAGAUAAAGAAUCUAUGGAACUCUAUCAGCAACACAGUUUAGAAUUCAUAGGGGCCCACCACAACAGACUACUACCUGUGGAUGUACAGACUUCAUCAGAGUCUUUCUCAGAGACCAAACAAUAUAUAGGGGGCCCAGUAUCUGAGAAGAAUCAGAAAGUACAAAAUGAGGAGCCGGGUCCCGAUAGCAUCAACCUGAAAGUAUCUUCUGUAGAAACAGAAUCAUCUUUAGAUGCAGUCUGUGGGGCUGGUAACAUGGGUCAGGAAAUGGAUUCAUUAUCCAAAUCACUGGGUAUUCCUAACCAUAUUUCUUUUGAAAAAGAUCACUUGUCCCCUUUAUUCAUCGUUCAAUCGGAUGGAAGGAAUGUUUCCUGUUUAGAGAAUAAGAAAACACAUGAACUUUGUAUGACAGUAGAUACAUUCUUAAAAACAUAUCCAAACAAACUAGGUGAGGAGAAUAACACAAAGAACAUUACCUGCAGACUUGAGAUUGUCUCUGACAAUCCAGAAUUACAAUCAGACCAGUUAUCUAAAGAUAUGGCAAUGGAAACCAUAAAUGGUUCUGAUUCUGAGAACGUUGCAUUUGCUCAUGAACUAAUCCCCACUGAUAAGCCAGUCACAGAAGACACUGUUCUAAACCUUGAGCCUAUUCCACUGGAGACUGCUGUGGUUCCUGGUCCAACCUCCAUAAAAACAGUAUAUGGUAUACACACGAAUUCUGAAUUUGUGUCUGUUUCUGCAGUGGACUAUAUGGGCAUCAACCAAGGACAGAUUGCUCCUGAAAACAGAAAAGCAAGAAGUGAACAAUUACCCAGAGAACCUUUCUUGCAAAGACAGCCUAUUCCCAUGAUUCUUUCAGAAGUCACAGAUAGUGGAAUCUAUACAGGACUAUGUUUGGAGGAGGCUAAGUUCUCUUCUAAUAAUGGGUCGGAGGCAAGCCUAAAUUACUCAGAAUGUGACAAUAGAUCUGUGGGGACAACUGAGGGUUCUGUUGUGACUUCUGGAAUUGACAGCCUCAUCCCUGGUUCUGAAGUUCAGGUCACCCUUGAUCACAUAAUUCAGGAUGCACUGGUGGUUUCUUUCUGCCAUGGAAACAGAAUUUUCUCAGGGGUUUUAAUGGAUCUUUCGAAAAGGUUUGGACCCCAUGGAAUUCCUGUUACUGUCCAUCCUAGGCGAGAAUACAAAAAUAAGCCAGUGGAAUCCAUUCAGGAGGAGAGCAAGUCAUUCCAUGAAGAGCCGUUGGUAAAAAGUGAAGAAAAUUCUCCUGAGGAUGUUACCCCCAUUCAGCAAUUGGAGAAUUGUAAAGUUCAAAAUCUGUGGACUACAAAACCUCCACCACUUUUCCACGAAGGAGCUCCAUAUCCUCCUCCUUUGUUUAUCAGGGACACGUAUAACCAGUCAAUACCUCAGCCACCUCCCCGUAAAAUUAAAAGACCCAAAAAGAAAAUCUACAGAGAGGAACCUACUUCCAUAAUGAAUGCCAUUAAGCUACGACCCAGGCAGGUCUUGUGUGAUAAAUGUAAAAAUAAUGUUGUGGCGGAUAAGAAGGAGAUCAGAAAAGUUGCAACUGACUCUUACAAGACAGAAGAAGGAAAGAGACGGCGGCACGAAACUGUAACUACUGUGAACAAAAAACUCAAAACUGAUCACAAGGUAAAUGGAAAAAGUCAAAAUGAAAGUCAGAAAAGAACGCCUAUUACCAAGGUUACUAACCUUGCACAUGGACGAGGGAAAGUGGUAAAAGUACCUUCUCAAACAAGUGCAGCAAAGACUCAGAUGCACACUAAGGAGGUGCUUCAGAACAAAAAUAUGGAUCAUGUAAAGGCACGAGAAGUGCUUAAAAUGGCCAAGGAAAAGGCACAAAAAAAGCAGAAGGUAACAACAUCAUCUAAAAAUGCACACAGUAAAGUCCACUUUACACGGCGCCUUCAGAACUCCAGCUCAGGGACCCUCCCUCCAAGACUACGCAUCAAACCUCAAAGGUACCGCAACGAGGAGAAUGACUCUUCGCUCAAGCCUGGACUUGAGACCUUACGGAGCAGCAAGAUUGGUAUCAAGCCUCAGACACGCUACUCUGCCACCCGUUCUGCAGGUGAGACACCCUCAGAAAUACAGAGCCCCUCAAAUGGCCCUGAAGAGAUCAGCAGUGAAAUGCAGGAUACAAAUGUCUGUGUACCACCUGAGGAGCAGGACUUGCAGCAAACACUGGGCAAAAGGGGCAGCAAAAGCAAUAUCACAGUUUACAUGACCAUAAAUCAAAAGAAAGCUAACUCUUCCAGUGCCUCAGUGUGUAGUAGUGAUAGCACAGAUGAUAUGAAAUCGUCCCACUCUGAGUGUAGUUCUACUGAAAACUUUGAUUUCCCCCCAGGCAGCAUGCACGCACCUUCCUCUUCCUCCUCCUCUUCUGCCUCUUCCAAAGAAGAGAAAAAGCUGAGUAAUUCCUUGAAAAUAAAGAUGUUUUCCAAAAAUGUCUCUAAAUGUGUGACCCCUGAUGGCAGGACCAUAUGUGUCGGGGACAUUGUUUGGGCAAAGAUUUAUGGCUUUCCGUGGUGGCCAGCACGUAUACUCGCUAUAACUGUCAGUCGAAAAGAUACCGGUCUGCUUGUCCGGCAGGAAGCUCGCAUAUCAUGGUUUGGGUCCCCAACAACCUCUUUUCUUGCUUUGUCACAGCUCACCCCAUUUUUAGAAAACUUUCAGUCACGUUUUAACAAGAAGAGAAAGGGUCUUUAUCGCAAGGCUAUUACAGAAGCAGCUAAGGCUGCCAAACAGCUCACUCCAGAGGUGCGGGCCCUCCUGACACAAUUUGAAACGUGAACACCUCAUGUAAAGAUGUAGACUUGGCUGGAGUUAGGCACUGUCCCAGUUGAAGGUCAGCUGAGCAUUUUUUUUUGGUAGCCAACAUUUCACGUAAGACACCACAAGUAUCAAGUUGUAGUUUAAUUGUGUAAAUUAGGGGUUCAAUGUUCUAGUUUUGGGAGACCUCCACCUUUCAGUAUCACAAAGUCUUGCAAUAUAUGGGCCAAUUCUCUACUGAGUGGCCAUUAAUCUUCUGCAGAGUUCUGAAAUCAGUUUUCAUUAUCGACUCAUCUGUGGUUUAGAUCCGUAUAUCAAAAAAUUAUGAUGCACUCUGAAUUGUAAGACGUCGGUACCGACGCAGUUUAUAAGAUAUUUGUAAUGUAACCAGGGUUAGAAUUCAGGAGUUAUCGAUUCAAAUAUAACUGUUGACGCAUGGUCUCCUGACCAGUUUAAUAUCCAUUCUGGUAAAGAUACAUUGUGAUUUGUCAGAUGUGUAACUGUUACAUUUUUGGAUGUAAUUUUUUCCCAAUCAUAAUUAAUGCAGAUGCAUUAUUUUCAAUAUUAAUUUGAGUUUAAGGUAUCUGUUUGCAGGUCAGAAAAUAUGAAAAGAAAAAUUGUAAUUGUGUAUUGCUCUGAAAUGUACAAAAAAAGUGUAAAUAAAAUUACCUAAAUCUGAA